AUGGCGGACCGGCGGCGAAGGAGGAGGCGCGUGUCCCAGGACAGCGAGGACGACGACGAGUCCGGUUCGGGCUCGGACAGCGGGAGGUCGGGUUCCCCGGCGACCAAGAACCGGGGGAGAGAGCCGGCCCCGGUGGAGGCUCUAACGGGCCGAGUUGAGCCGAAGAAGGACGUGGAGUCCGAGUGUGAAAGUGAAGAUGGAGUCGGUGAAGCCGUCCUCUCAGACUACGACAGCGCAGAUCCAGAAGAAAAUGGCUCCCACUCAGAGGGAGUGGAGGAGGAGGAGGAGGAGGCGGCAGCGCUGAGUGAGGAAGAGGCUCCAGCAGCAGCCAAAGAGCCCGUUCCCUCUGCUGCCGAGGUCCAAACACAGGGGGAGGAAGAGGGGCAGGAGGAAGGAGAGGAGGACGCAGAGGAAAAGGAAGAAGUAGAGAGCAAAGAGGAGAGCAAAGUGGAGGAGAAAGGAAACCUAGCUGGAGAGAGACAGAGCGGAGACGGACAGGAGUCGACGGACGAUCCCGAGACGAAGGCGGGAGGAAAACCCGGCCAGAAGCUGGACGACGAUGAGGACCGAAAGAACCCGGCUUACAUUCCCAGGAAGGGUCUGUUCUUCGAGCACGACGUCAGAGGACACACUCAGGAGGAGGAGAGGCCUAAAGGUCGAAACAGGAAGCUGUGGAAGGACGAGGGUCGCUGGGAGCACGACAAGUUCAGGGAGGAGGAACAGGCGCCGAAGAGCCGCGAGGAGCUCAUCGCCAUCUACGGUUACGACAUCCGCAACGGCGGCGGCAGCGGAGAUCGACCGUACAGACAGCGGCGGCCUCGACAGAGCGUGUCUCCCAGCAGAGACAAACGCUGGCGAGAAGGAGGAGGAGAGCGAGCGGUUCGUUCCUGGCAGAGCAGCGGAGGUCCGAACCGAGGAGGAGCUCCACCUUCAUCCAUCCACCCUUCCUCCUCCUCCUCUCCCUCCUCUCUCCCUCUCUCCUCCGCUCAGCGUAGCAGCAACUACUCCAGACCGCCUCCCUCCCGCAGCAGACCAUCCCACCCCAGUCAAACGCACCUCCCGCCUCAGCCCCAGUACAGGAAUAAUGAAUCAAACGCACCCCAGAUGCAUCAAAGAGACCGACAGGGCUCGAAAGCUCAGCCGGAGCCUGUGGGAGACAGAGGAGUGGUCAGCAGGGGGGGGCGAGGCAGCGGGGGGAGGGGUGGUUCCUCUGCGCUCAGCGAGGACGUCACAGUCAGCCAGGGCGGCGUCGGGGACGAGGAGCGCGGCUUAACGGCCGGGACGCCGUCCUCAUCGUCGCAUUCGAGCGGUUAUCAGUCUGCGUUGCCGAGGCGACAGCAGCAGGAGCAACGAGGCAGCGCCGACAGAGCCGCCUCCGGAUUGGCCGCCUCCACCUCUGACCCCGCCCUGCAGUCGUCAGCGGCCGCAACGACCAAUCGGGAAGUUUCUCCUCCCGCCGAGCGGCCGGUGGAGCGAAAGUCGUACUCGCUGGCUCGUAGGACUCGCUCUCGGCCUGCAGACCUGGGCAGCAAACAGCCGUCCGUGGAGGAGUCUGCAGCCGGAGGGAACGCUGCCUCCUCCCCCGGCAGCGCGGGGGGGAAGAGCUGGACGGGAGGAGGCAACGGGCCGAGCCAGGCAGGAGGAGGAGGAGGAGGUGGUGGAGGUGGUGGAGGUGGUGGAGGUGGUGGAGGUGGUGGAGGUGGAGGGCUGGCGGAGCUGGACCAGGACGUUGCUCGGCUCAGUCUGGCCGGGCAGAGCUGGAGUCAGAGCCCGACCUCGUACAUCCGCUCUGAGAUGAGAGGCCUCCCCAGCCCCAUGCACAUCCCCGGCGGCCCGCCUCAGUUCUCCGGCAUGGAGGAGAUGGGCGUCGGAUCCAACCGGGCCAAACGCUACUCGUCACAACGUCAGAGAGCCGUUCCUGAGCCGGCACCGCCCAUGCACCUGGGAGUGAUGGAGGGACACUACUACGAGCCCAUGUCGUACCAGGGACCAAUCUACGGCCACGGGGACGGCCCCGCCCCCAUCCCGCCGCAGGGCAUGCUGGUCCAGCCGGAGAUGCACCUCCCUCACCCCGGCCUCCAUCCCCACCAAUCAGGCGGCCCCAUCGCCAACCCCGCCAUCUAUGGAGGCCCGCCGGUCUCUCUGUCGCCAGGGCAACCACAGCAGCUGCUGCCGCCGCCUUUCUACCCUCCGCCGGGAGUCAUGACCUUCCCUUACCCGGCCAUGUACCCGACGCCACAGGCUCAGGCCCAGGUGACGUACGGAGGUGUGACCUACUAUGACACCAUGCAGCAGCAGGCUCAGCCCAAACCUUCGCCCCCCCGCCGCACGUCCCAGCCCGUCACCGUCAAGCCCCCCCCUCCGGAGGUUCCCUUCGCAUCAGAGUGAC